AUGCCUGUGUCCGCCUCGAAGGCUGCCCGUCUGGCUAAAAAAGCCGAAAAGCCGGAGAAGAAGACCGCGGCUUCGAAAUUAUCCUCAAAAGCCAACUCCAAGAACCCCUCCACAAAUGGCUCAAAAGCCUCUUCAGUUGCUGGUGACGAUGGGCCCCCUAUGCUGGAUGAAGACGAGGAGGAUACACCUGCCACAGACGCAAACAAGAUGGAGAAGGUCAAGAAGUUGACUGAGCAAAUGGACAAGCACGGUCUUUCGGACCGAGUCACGACCGGUGUGCUGGCCUCGCUAGAAUCAAGUCGCGAUGUCAAGAUCACGUCCGCCUCUCUAGUGUUCCAUGGCAAAGUCCUCAUUCAAGAUUGCACGAUUGAAGUCAACUUUGGCCGGCGAUAUGGUUUGUUAGGCGAAAACGGCUGUGGCAAAUCCACCCUCCUCAAAGCCAUUGACAAGCGCGAGUUCCCUUUUCCUGAACACGUCGAUAUCUACUUGCUAAACGAGGGUGCGCCUGCUACUGAUAUGGGCGCUCUCGAAUGGGUCGUCAAGGAAGCCGAGAAGGAAGUCAAAAGACUCGAUGAUCUGGCUGAGGAGAUUUUGGAGAAAGAAGGCCCGGAAAGCCCUACACUCAUGGAGAUUUACGAGCGUUCCGAAGCCAUGGAUCCCAGCACCUUCGAAGUCCGAGCCUCGCUCAUCUUGACUGGCCUUGGAUUCAACAAGAAGACCAUCCAUAAGAAGACAAAGGACAUGUCCGGUGGCUGGAAGAUGCGUGUUGCGCUCGGCCGAGCACUGUUCGUGAAGCCAUCCCUGCUCCUGUUGGACGAUCCGACCGCCCAUCUCGAUCUCGAAGCCUGCGUGUGGUUGGAAGAAUAUCUGAAGAAGUGGGACAAGACACUGAUUCUGGUUUCGCACUCGAUGGACUUCUUGAACGGUGUUUGCACGAACAUGAUUGAUAUGAGACAGAAGAAGCUCAUGUACUAUGGUGGUAACUACGAUUCCUACAUGAAGACCCGAUCGGAGCAAGAGACAAAUCAACAAAAGGCGUACCUCAAGCAACAGGAAGAAAUCGCCCACAUCAAAAAGUUCAUCGCUUCUGCUGGUACCUACGCCAAUUUGGUCCGACAGGCCAAGUCCAGACAGAAGAUUCUCGACAAGAUGGAAGCGGAUGGUUUCAUUCAGCCGGUUGUGCAAGAUCGCGUCUUCACCUUCAGGUUCGCCGACGUGGAGAAGUUACCCCCUCCGGUACUGUCCUUUGACGAUGUUACCUUCAGUUAUUCCGGUAAAGCUGAGGAUAAUCUGUACGAGAACCUGGACCUCGGUGUGGACAUGGACAGCAGAAUGGCUCUCGUCGGACCCAAUGGUGUUGGCAAGUCGACUCUAUUGCGAAUCAUGACCGGCAAACUCAGUCCCACUGGUGGCUCAGUGAGCAGACAUACCCAUCUGAAGCUGGGACUCUACUCCCAGCACUCGGCGGAUCAACUCGACCUGACCAAGUCUGCAUUGGACUUCGUCCGUGACAAGUACUCCUCAACCUCACAAGAUUAUCAAUACUGGCGCCAACAGCUCGGUCGUUAUGGUCUUUCUGGCGAUUCCCAAACUGCUUUGAUGGGUACACUGUCAGAAGGCCAGAGGUCCCGCGUUGUCUUCGCACUUCUGGCUAUUGAAGGUCCAAACAUGCUACUCCUGGACGAACCUACGAACGGCCUCGACAUUCCCACAAUUGAUUCUCUCGCUGACGCGAUCAACGCGUUCUCUGGCGGCGUUGUGGUUGUUUCUCACGAUUUCAGAUUGCUCGACAAGAUUGCCAAGGAUAUCAUGGUAUGCGAGAACAGGACAGUUCGACGAUGGGAUGGCAGCAUCGGCGAGUACAAGAACUACCUGCGAAAGAAGAUGGUUUCCAUGGGUCAAGUCUAA